AUGAAAUUGACGGAUUCUUUAAGUUGUUAUGUGUGUGAUUCUAAAGAAGAUGAACAUUGUCCAGAAACAUGGACAAGAAAAGAUACUUUGCCAGUUGAAUGUGGUGGUCCAAGUGGUGUACAAGAUCCUCGAUUUUGUAUAAAAACAAUUGCCGUUUUUGGAGGUGCCGUGGCAACAAAACGUUUUUGUAGUUCUCGUCAUAUGGAUAAUCAAUGUUUGGAAAUUCGUUAUCCACAAGAUGAAAAGUUGUAUUAUUCAUGUACAUACACAUGCAGUCGUGAUGGUUGUAAUUUUGGCGAACGAUCAACUUCGACCAUAAGUUUAAUGAUGAUUUUGAUCACACUUGCAUUUAGUCUUUACUUAACAGUUUAG